CAGGAUUUGCUCAUCAUGUGUCUUCGGACUGUUGAUUCUCUGUCAUUUGUUGAGUGUUUGGCGGAGAAGGCGAGCGGACCACAUUAACGUGUUCAAACGCCAUUUAACGUUGGACAGCGGAAGCAAGUGGACUUUCCAAAUAUGUUUGCAUCUUUGACAUGAAACCCGCCGUUGUGAUACUUGCAUUGGCGUAUUAGGGACCAUCCAUAUUUCUCGGCAUCUAAUUUUUUUUUCACCAGAGGAGUGAUAUAGCCUGCUCUGACGUCUGCAUCAGAUAUUACCCAGUGCUUUUUCAAUGUGCAUUUUCCCCUCAGUGACUUUGCGCUGAUCUACAUCAUCAUCAGCAGCAGCAACGGGAAAAAAAAAGGGAAUGAAGAUUUCAUUUUUCUUUUUUUUAAACCCACCGCUCCCCUCCAGUCGACCAGCGUUUCCAGCUCAAACAAAUAUCUUUUAACAACAUCACGUUGUGGAAUAGUCUGGCGCCAGAGCUUCGCUGGAACCAUGCCUCUUCUGCAGAUUUGGACUGGGAAAUUUCAUCCACCAAUUUGAUCAUCAAGAGGCUGCCGCUCACUCAUUCAUGCCAGCGUUUGUUUUUUUGAGAGGAAGAAUACUUGUCAUCACUUUUAAAAGUAUUGUGUAUGCUGUUUUUUGAGCAAGAUGUCUGAUCUUCUGGUGUUGGUCGAGGGGCUCUGUGACCUGCACGGAUUUCCAUAGCCGGGAAAAACAGCGGGGGCCAAUUACAAGAUUUUUUUAAAUCGAGAAGGCUCUUGAAAUGAAGACAUCGUAUGCGUAGAUGUAGACUUAGUUUAUUCGACAUUUUUAAAAGGCAAUUAUUUUUUGAUUGCCAGUUUUUACUUUGUGCAUUUUCUGGAGGACCACUGGACUGGUUGGAUUAUAGAAACUAUAAAUAAGGAUUUGUGGAGAUGUUGGGUCGUCAAGAAGAUAAAUUAUGUGGAAUUUCCUCUGCACUGGCGGCUUUGUCCUUCUUAUGCUUUGUUCAAAGCUCCUCCACUGGAAGCACCGGAAUGUCUGUGGCCAAGACUACCGUGGACAAGUUGCUGAAGGGAUAUGACAUCCGUUUAAGGCCUGAUUUUGGAGGUCCUCCUGUCAUCGUAGGAAUGAGCAUCAACAUAGCAAGCAUUGACUCCAUCUCAGAAGUAAACAUGGACUACACCAUCACAAUGUAUUUCCAGCAGAGCUGGCGAGAUAAGCGUUUGGCCUAUGGUGAGCUGAAACUAAACCUGACUCUGGACAACCGUGUAGCAGACCAGCUCUGGCUCCCCGACACCUAUUUCCUUAAUGACAAGAAGUCCUUUCUUCAUGGCGUGACAGUAAAAAACCGUAUGAUCCGACUGCACCCCGAUGGCACUGUCUUAUACGGGCUGAGAAUAACCACCACUGCUGCUUGCAUGAUGGACUUGAGGAGGUACCCUCUCGAUGAACAGAACUGCACCCUGGAAAUUGAAAGCUAUGGAUAUACCACAGAUGACAUCGUCUUUUUCUGGCAAGGAGGAGACAACGCUGUGACAGGCGUUGACAAGUUAGAGUUACCUCAGUUCUCCAUUGUAGACAUCCGCCUGGUGUCCAGGGAGGUCAGGUUUACCACAGGUUCGUAUCCAAGGCUUUCGCUGAGUUUCAGGAUUAAGAGGAACAUUGGAUAUUUCAUUCUGCAGACAUAUAUGCCCUCCAUCUUGAUCACUAUCCUCUCCUGGGUCUCCUUCUGGAUCAAUUAUGAUGCCUCUGCAGCUCGAGUGGCCCUGGGUGUGACAACGGUGCUUACCAUGACCACAAUUAACACCCACCUUAGGGAGACUCUCCCAAAGAUUCCGUAUGUGAAAGCCAUCGACGUCUACCUCAUGGGCUGUUUUGUGUUUGUGUUCCUGGCCCUGCUCGAAUAUGCCUUUGUAAAUUACGUGUUCUUUGGCCGGGGCCCUGCGCAACAGAAGAAAAUCAAUGAGAGGCUGAACAAAGCCAACAACGAGCGCACAAGAUACGAAGAGAAGCGCCUGAGGGAACAGGACUCCAUUUCCGUGCCGUUUCAAACCAACACCUUCAGGUCAUUUACACAGCGAAGAAAUCUGUAUCUCGAGGAACAAAGAAAAGUUGGGGUGGAUGCUUAUGGAAACAUCCUCCUCACCACGCUGGAGAUGAACAACGAAGUGAUGCCUUCUGACGUGGGAAGCAGCGUCAGUGACUCUCGGAAUUCAGUCAUGUCCUUUGACAGCUCCGGGGUCCAAUUCAGGAAGCCCAUGGCGCCCCGGGAUGGCUUCAGCCACCAUUCGCUGGACCGCAGCGCCAUGCGGAGCCGGGCCAACUGUCGGUUACGGCGACGCUCCUCCAAGCUCAAGUUGAAAAUCCCAAACCUGUCAGAUGUUAGCACCAUUGACAAGUGGUCCCGGGUCAUUUUCCCUAUCACCUUUGGAUUUUUCAACCUAAUCUACUGGUUGUACUAUGUGAAUUGAUGUGCACCCCACUAGGAAUCAUGGGCCAUAUUUUGAGAGCACAUUAAAUUGGCUUUGAUACAGUUCCAAAAUAUGUAUACACAUAUACAAGUUGAACAUAUGUAUAUGCAUAUUUCUAUAUAUUAUAUUUAUAUAUACACAUGUGAAAUCUGAAGGACCUUUCUGCUGUACAAAGUAUUAAUAGGAUGACUUGAAUGUUUAAGAAUAAUUGUGAGAGAAGAAUUUCAAGGCUUUGAGUUUCUUUUUCCUCCUGAAACAAACAAACAAACAAGCAAACAAACAAACACAAGAUCCCAACAGGGGUUUUUGGAACUAAAGACUGCAUGAUAUUUUUGCUAAAAAAAAAUACAAGAAAAAAAGAGAAAGUGAAAGCUCUUGAGAGAGAAAAGAUGUCUCAGAGUCCCAUUGACUUUUUAUUGAUACUUAUUGUGAUCAAAAAUCCUCUACUGCAGCUCAUGAAAUCAGUGGUGGCUCGUCUGUUCAGGCAUCAGCUGAGUGAGAUCCUUGACACCCCCUCCAAACCCCCUGCCACCUUCACCUGACCCACCCCCACAACCCACACGCCCCACCCCACUCCCAUUGUCCAUGGAUAACAUGCACGGAAAUCUCCGGUUCUACUAUGUACAGCAACCUUGUUUGGAUUAUGUGUUGUUCCUUGGGUUUUUUGAAGUGAUAUCGUUCUCUUUAUCAGACAUCAGCUCUGGCCUAAUGGUCUCCAUUAGAGGGCCUUGUGGAUGGGAUGUUUGACCACCGCAUUCCCGCCCAGAGUCAACGCAAACUUGUAUUCCUUUCUCUUCUCAUGUUAUUUUUAGA